AUGGGGUCCAACUUAAGCUAUGGACCAGAAGGGGUGGCCUAUGGGAAAGACAAAGCAGGAGGAAUUAGCACGGCCACUUCCCGGCGGCCUUUGCAGGAACAAGAUGGCAGCCCUCAUACCUCAAGGCCAGUUCUGGUGACUCAGUCCUCAGCUAUAGUUCCAGUAAGAACUAAAAAACGUUUCACAUCUCCUGUUUAUCAACCUAAAUUUAAAACAGAAAAAGAGUUUAUGGAACAUGCCCGGAAAGCAAGAUUGGUUAUUCCUCCAGAAAAAUCGGACCGUCCCAUACAUCUGGCCUGUACAGCUGGUAUAUUUGAUGCCUAUGUUCCUCCUGAGGGUGAUGCACGCAUAUCAUCUCUUUCAAAGGAGGGACUGAUACAGAGAACUGAACGAAUGAAGAAGACUAUGGCAUCGCAAAUGUCAAUCCAGAGGAUAAAAGACUAUGAUGCCAAUUUUAAAAUAAAGGACUUCCCUGAAAAAGCUAAGGAUAUCUUUAUUGAAGCUCACCUUUGUCUCAACAACUCAGACCAUGACCGACUUCAUACCUUGGUAACUGAACACUGUUUUCCAGACAUGACCUGGGACAUCAAAUAUAAGACCGUCCGCUGGAGCUUUGUGGAAUCUUCAGAGCCCUUCCAUGUUGUUCAAGUUCGCUGUUCAAGUAUGAUGAACCAGGGCAACGUGUACGGCCAGGUCACCGUACGCAUGCACACCCGGCAGACUCUGGCCAUCUAUGACCGGUUUGGCCGGUUGAUGUAUGGACAGGAAGAUGUACCCAAGGAUGUCCUGGAGUAUGUUGUAUUCGAAAAGCAGUUGACAAACCCAUAUGGAAGUUGGAGAAUGCAUAGCAAGAUCGUUCCCCCAUGGGCACCCCCUAAGCAGCCCAUCCUUAAGACGGUGAUGAUCCCUGGCCCUCAGCUGAAACCAGAAGAAUAUGAAGAGGCACAAGGAGAGGCCCAGAAGCCUCAGCUAGCCUGAUGACAAAAAUGACUUCUGGGGUGAAGCCUGGGUGAUGAGGCUGCUGGAAGCUUUGAAGUCUCCCAUUCCCAUCAUGCUAUAGAAAGAACUACCUUUGUUCUCUCCCAUCCUGCUCAGGUCUUUUCAGUAGUCUCAUCCUCAGCAACCAUGGCUGAUGGCUGGGCCCUAGCAGCUGGCAGGUAUAACAUGGCCAUGUACACUCUUCUUUUUUAAAUUUUAUGUCAAGCUUCUGAGUCUAGAUGAAAGACAGUAUGUUUCAGAGAACAUUGGAUACCAGUUUUUUCCACAGCAGGGACUGUGAGAGAGAACCAGCAGCAUCCUCUUUGUAAUCACAGGGCAGGGAUCAGAGUUUGAAAUAAAACGCUGUCAGUGUUGGUUAAAAAAAAAAAAAAAA